AUGAACAUUUUUCUGGCUUUAAUGACUGUGAUGCUGCUGAUCAUGCUUGGGAAGACCCAUGGAGACUCAGUGACCCAGAAGCAAGGUCAUGUGACUCUCUCAGAAGGCGAAUUUUUAUUUAUUAACUGCACUUAUUCAACCACAUCAUACCCGACUCUUUUCUGGUAUGCCCAACAUCCUGGAGAAGGCCCAGAGCUGCUUUUGAAAGUCACAACAGCCAACAACAAGGGAAGCAGCAGAGGGUUUGAAGCUACUUUUGACAAAGGAUCCACUUCCUUCCACUUGCAGAAAGCCUCGGCCCAAAAGUCAGACUCGGCUGUGUACUACUGUGCUCUGAGUGUGAGCAGCCAGCAGAAGGUGCAGCAGAAUCCAGAAUCCCUCAGUGUCCCAGAGGGAGCCAUGGCCUCUCUCAACUGCACUUUCAGUGAUAGUGCUUCUCUGAACUUCUGGUGGCACAGGCAGCGUCCUGGGAAAGGCCCUGAGGUGCUCAUGUCCAUCUUCUCCAAUGGUGAAAAGAAAGAAGGCAGAUUCACAGUUCACCUCAAUAAAGCCAGCCUGCAUGUUUCCCUGCACAUCAGAGACUCCCAGACCAGUGACUCAGCUGUCUACCUGUGUGCAGUGAGCACACAGUGCUCCCCAGGCACCUGCAUCCUGUACCCAAACCACUGGGACCCAGCAAGGCCUUAG